AGCAGCAGACGGAGGAGGAGCUCGCGGAGAUGCAGGCAACUCGAGACGCUCAAGAGAGUUACCCAGUGGGAUUGCGCGCAGUUGCUGCUGCAGGGAUUCACCGAGAGCGGCGUCUACACUAUCUACCCCAGAAACUCCGACAAGAGCGUGGCUGUGUGGUGCGACAUGGAGACGGACGGCGGCGGCUGGACCGUCUUCCUGAACCGCGCCCAGCAGACUCAGCAGCUCAACUUCUCCAAGACGUGGGAAGCCUACGCCGAUGGCUUCGGGGAUCCAAGCGCUGAGUACUGGCUGGGCAAUAAGCAUCUUCAUGCCAUCACCAAGAGCGGCACCUACACGCUGAGGAUCGACGCCCAGAACCUGGACGGCGAGAAGCGGUUCGGAAAAUGGCUGCAGUUCAGCAUCGGCGACGAGAACAGCAAGUUCAAAAUCAAGAUUUCUGACUAUUCGACGGAGAGCACCUUGGGAGACGUCUUGACGGAGGUCGACCAGAACGGCGAGAAGUACAACCCGAACGGCAUGAAGUUCUCAACGAUGGACCAGGAUAAUGACCGCCGGGAAGGGAAAAGCUGCUCAAAAAGCUUCGGCUACGGAGGCUGGUGGUACAACAACUGCUACCGCCUCAACCCGACCGCUCCCCUUGGGAACCGCAACGGAGACAACACCAAGGCCCGCCUCUACUACUGGGGACCGGACAUCUACACAGUCCAAGGCAUCCAGGCUCUGCAGCUCAAGAUCCGAAAGAACUAGCCACGCGCUGGCGCCCCCUCCCUCCGGUGUUACUUCGAGAAAGAGUGUUUGUGACGAGGUGUUCAUAGUCGGACUGAACUCACUAAGGGCAAAGGGCUGUCCAACCUCGCCUCCCCCAGAAGGGAAAGGUUUAAACAUGGCACUACUUCUGUUUGUUAUACACAGAACAUUCGAGGCCUGCAAUAACAGUUCGUUUUCCUGAUGUGUGAUGAUGUAUAUACACAGAAACAAACACAUAGAAGUCCGGUGUUCCCUUUAAGGUUAACUGUGUCUUUCACUGGGUUCUCUUGCCUAUUGACCGUAGUUACUUAGCUUCGUCUGUAUGUUCUGAUUUCUUUAAUCAUCAUAUAUCUUAAUAUUUAAUUUGUUAUUUUGACAUUAUGUCCAUCCAGGUUUAGGAAGACUCCAUCCCGAAAACUCACACUUAUUUAUUUACUUGAGUUUUAAGAGAAGUGUUGAUAAGGAUUACUGUUUAUAUCGUGGCGCUGCUACUUUAUAUUUAAAGUCUGCCACCGGUAAGCAGAAAGUCGACCUCUGACCUUUGCUUAUUAUGAUGAAAUUCACUCGCAACACUCUCAUAAAAUUCCUUUACCCAGGAUGCUGGAAUUUAGCAGUCAUUACUAACAUAAUACUAAGAAUUACUCAUCUGUACGAAGGAACUUUAUAGCAAUGCAUCUAGAAUACCAUGUAGCUAUGCCAAAAAAAAAAAAAAUGUACUGAAGGCAUGUAAUUAAGAUGUUAUUUUCUGAAUGUCUGUGUUAGCUAUUAAUCCGCAAUCCAUGGCGCUUCUAUGCAUUUCAGAGAUCUUCAUUUGUUUACUUUUAAAUCCACUCACGAAAUAAAGAAAAGCGUUCUGUA